AUGUUAAUGGCUUAUUCAAAAACUACUGUUUUGUGGUGUAAUUAUGAGAACAUACUAACUUGUGAACCUUAUAGUAACAGAUGUCCACAAAAGUGCAGCUGGAGUUUGUUGGAUGAUCACAUUGAGUUUACAAACAUCUCCGAUUUAUAUUCUAUUGAAUGUGAAAAAUAUACAUCUUUGAUAAUAUCUAUGAAUAAUAGAUCACAAUUUGUUUUGGAAUUUUCAUCAAUUAAUCACACUUAUAUAUACUCGGAACAUGAUGGAAAGUUUCAUUUGUUUUCAUCAUUUAUAUUAUAUAAAUUCGACAAUAAUUCAAAAACGGAAAAUACACUGAAAAGUUAUUGUGAAAAUUGUGAAACGUGUACAAACUCGAUUUGUACUGAAUGUAAAAUUGGGUAUUUUUUAUCUGAAAAGACAAUAUGUAGCCCAUGUAAUUCAACAUGUAUGAAUUGUAGUUCACUUUCAAAAUGUCUAAGGUGUAAUGCUGGGUAUAUUAUAUUUGGGGACACAUGUCGUCAAUGUGAAUCCCCGUGUCUGGAAUGCUAUGGUAUCAGUAAAGGGAGUUGUAUUUCAUGUAUUAUUGGGUAUUAUUAUUCUGGGGGAUUAUGUCCAAUUUGUGAUACCAGUUGUUUAACUUGUGAUAAAACAAAAACAAAUUGUACAUCAUGUAAAAACGGAACUUUUUUACAAGAUAACAAAUGUAUAACUUGUGAUGUUCAGUGUUUUGAAAAUUCUUGUGAUUCAACAAAAGGGUGUUUGAAAUGUAAUUUGGGGUAUUUCCUAAAUUCAUCGAGUUGUUUUCUAUGCAACGAAAUUGAAAACUGCCUAUCAUGUAGUCAAACAGAAAAGAAAUGUCUUAAAUGUAAUAAUACUGUUUCUUAUUUAAGUGCUAAAGGUGAAUGUACUCCUUGUAACGAAACGUGUUCCACUUGUAAUGAAGAUGGGACUUGUAAUGGAUGUGUACAAAACUAUGUUCCCUUUCAAGUAAAGUGA